AUGACCACUUCUCAAAAGGAAACAGUGCCGGUAAGAAUCCAUACCUCUAUCACGGAAAUAUCUCAUGCUAUAGACCGUACCAUAACAGACGAAGCCUUUCCUGUUGCCUACACCACUGAAGAAGAACAUUAUUUCCAAACAAACCCCAAGCCAUCAUACAUCGAUGAAUUAAUCAAACAAUCCCAAGAUUUCAUCGAUUUACAACAUUCACUCGGUCGUACCAAAAUCGUACUAAUCACAUCCGGUGGUACUACUGUCCCCUUAGAGAACAACACAGUUCGAUUCAUUGAUAAUUUCUCAGCGGGGACCAGGGGGGCGUCCAGUGCUGAACAAUUCUUAUUGAACGGAUAUAGUGUCAUUUUCUUACAUCGUGAAUUUUCAUUAACUCCAUUCAAUCGUAAUUUCACUCAUGGUACUUCUAUUUCGUUCUUAGAUUAUUUUGAUGAGAGGGGUCAAAUAAAUUCAAAAUAUCAUGAUAAGAUUAUGGAGAUGAAAACAUUGUAUGAUAGAUUUCAUAGCCAUGAGAGGAAAUUGUUACUUUUACCAUUCACCACGGUGAAUCAAUAUCUAUGGUCAUUGAAAUCUAUAGCGAGAUUGAUGAACUCUACGGGAUCUUUGUUCUAUUUAGCUGCAGCAGUGAGCGAUUUCUUUAUACCUUUUUCAAGGUUGCCCGAACAUAAGAUCCAAUCAAGAGAUUAUAAAACUGAUGGUGUGGAAACAAGUACGGGUGCCGUGACAAGUAAAGAAAUGAAGAAAGAACUGGCAAUGACUACACCGGAGGGACAAUUGAUAAUUAAUUUGGAUCCCGUGCCUAAAUUCUUGAGAAGAUUAGUGGAAUCAUGGGCUACUCAAGCAAUGUUGGUAUCGUUUAAAUUAGAAACUGAUCAAUCCAUAUUGAUUGAAAAAUCAACUUUUGCAUUGGAUAGAUAUAAUCAUCAAUUAGUCAUAGGGAAUUUAUUACAGACAAGGCAUAAAGAAGUUGUAUUUGUAUCUCCUGAUAAUAGAAGGGGUCAAUGGAUUCAUUUGGAUGGAGAUCAUAAAGAAUUGGAAGAAUUAAUGAUUCCGGAAGUGAUUAAACGUCAUGAUCAAUGGAUUCAAUCUCAAUUCAAGGCUUGA